AUUAUGGGUAAAAUAUUAAAAAACUCGUGUGUAAAAAAUAAUAAAAAUAAAAUAUCGACAUUUUUUAUAAUAAAAAUCCAAAUUAAAUUAGCGCCGAGCCGAUGUUAAUACUGAACAAAUGAGAUUUAACGUUGAUUUAAUAUGAUUACUAGGCCAGUACUCGCUGCUGCGGCUUCUUAUUGUUCUUUUCUGUAGCAGAGCACAGUUUUUUCCCAUCUGUCAAUCGGCCAUCAGUUAUUAAUAUUUACAAAACCAUUAAUUAUAAAAAGCGCGUAAUCCGAAAUGGGCAAAGACGACGCGGAGACCACCGCACUCAAGAAAGAGCUGGACGAUUUAAUUAAAAAAUGUCAGGAAGAUCAAAAGAAGCAGCAAGACGCGACAUUGGAAGAGUCUUGUUCGUCAGUCGCGGACGCUCCGAAGAUAAAGCUGUCGACGAAGAAACUUCUAAAGGGCCAUAUAAAUAAAGUCAACUCGGUGCACUACAGUGGUGACAGCAGACACUGCGUCACUGGAUCCUUGGACGGGAAACUGAUUAUUUGGGACUCAUGGACCGGCAACAAAGUCCAGGUAAUUCCUCUGCGCUCGGCUUGGGUGAUGUCUGUUGCUUUCGCGCCUUCUGGAAACUUCGUAGCUUGCGGGGGUAUGGAUAAUAUGUGCACCGUCUACGACGUCAACAACCGCGACGCAACUGGGUCAGCUAAAAUAACCAGGGAGUUACUGGGUUACGAGGGUUUUCUGUCUUCCUGUAGAUUUUUCGAUGAUAAAACCAUAAUAACUGGCUCUGGUGACAUGAAAAUAUGCAUGUGGGACCUGGAGUCGGGUAAAAAAACGACAGAUUUUUGCGCCCAUGCUGGAGAUGUCGUCAGCAUCAGUCUUUCUCCUGAUGGCAACAGCUACAUCACCGGGUCUGUUGAUAGAACUUGUAAAUUAUGGGACGUAAGAGAAGAAAAAGCGAAGCAAACUUUCUUUGGUCAUGAAGCUGACGUCAAUUCCGUUUGUUUUCAUCCCUCGGGAUACUCGUUUGUGACAGCGUCAGAAGACAAAACAGCCCGACUGUGGGAUUUGAGGUCUGAUCAGCAGCUCGCUACGUACAAACCCCCAAGUUCUAAUCCCGGGUAUACUUCCUGUGGAUUAUCGCUCAGUGGUAGAUUUAUUUUUUGUGCCAGUGACGAUAAUUCAAUUCAUAUAUGGGACACUUUAAAAGCUCAAUACAACGGAGCAUUGAACGGACAUGAGAAUCGAGUGACUUCUUUAAGUGUAGCACCGAAUGGAAUGGCAAUAGCGAGCUGCUCAUGGGACCAGAUGGUCAGGGUCUGGGUCUAGAUUUAAAAUAAAAAUAUAAAAUAUAUAUAUAUACAUAUAUUAUUGAUAAAAAAAAUUUAAUAAUAAACAUAAAUUGAAAUUAAACGUUUUUUGUUGACUUAUAAAAAUAUUUCACCGCUUAAAUUAAUAAAAUUAUUUAA